GUUGGCUGUUGGGGUCAACAAGAUCGUCACCGGCUCCAAUAACCCACAUCUAAUUCCACUUUAAGUUAUUUACAUCUCCACAGCCUACACGGUCCGCAGGAUUACUCACGAAGUCAAUUCCCGAGGUCUCCUUCCCCUCCGUCGCCCCUCCGAUCUAUCUUCCUAGUACUCAUCGCCUACUCACACCCAGGCUCAGCACAUCCACAAUGUCCCUCCGAUCCAUCUCAUUGUCCUCCAGGGCCAUCCUGAGGAGGUCCUAUGGCACCGUCAACAACAAAUUCCCCUUCCCGAAUGUCCUGCAAGAGGCGACGACAGCGUCCGUGCCGCGCACGAACUGGACCAGGGACGAGGUGAAGGAGAUCUACGAGACGCCGUUGAGCCAGUUGACAUAUGCUGCUGUAUUUUCCCUCUCUUUCUUAUCUAUACGACAUCUUUACAGACCCGUUCAAUCCUAAUGAUGAAUAAAUACAGGCAACCGUCCACCGCCGCUUCCACGACCCCGCCGCAAUCCAAAUGUGCACACUUAUGAACAUCAAAACCGGCGGCUGCAGCGAAGACUGCUCCUACUGUGCCCAAUCCUCCCGCCACAACACAGGCCUGAAAGCCACCAAGAUGUCCCCCGUCGACGAAGUCCUUGCAGCCGCCCGAACGGCCAAAGCAAACGGCAGCACGCGGUUCUGCAUGGGCGCCGCCUGGCGCGACAUGCGUGGCCGCAAGACCUCCCUCAAGAACGUCAAGCAGAUGGUUUCCGGGAUCAGGGAGAUGGGCAUGGAAGUCUGCGUGACGCUGGGGAUGAUCGAUGAGAACCAGGCGAAGGAGUUGAAGGACGCUGGAUUAACUGCCUACAAUCAUAACCUCGAUACAUCCCGGGAGUUCUAUCCGACUAUUAUCACGACCCGGUCAUAUGAUGAGCGGUUGAAGACGCUUUCGCAUGUUCGUGACGCCGGCAUUAAUGUUUGCUCUGGUGGGAUCCUGGGUCUGGGCGAGGCGGACUCGGAUCGCAUCGGACUCAUUCAGACUGUGGCUAGUUUACCGAGUCACCCUGAGUCGUUUCCGGUGAAUGCACUGGUGCCCAUUAAGGGAACCCCGUUGGGUGAUCGGAAAAUGAUCCCCUUUGAUAAGUUGCUCAGGACCAUUGCCACGGCUAGGAUUGUCUUGCCUGCCACCAUUGUGCGAUUGGCGGCUGGGCGUAUCUCCCUCAGCGAGGAGCAGCAGGUUGCUUGCUUCAAUGCCGGUGCCAAUGCUGUCUUUACCGGGGAGAAGAUGUUGACUACUGAUUGCAAUGGGUGGGAUGAGGAUAGAGAGAUGUUCGAGAGAUGGGGGUUCUAUCCUAUGCGGAGUUUUGAGAGGGAAAGCUCUGCUUCUGCAAAGGUUCAGGAUGUCGUCGAGGAUACCCCUGCGCAAACCGCUGCUAGUGCGUGAUUCAUAUCCUCUGAAUUG